CCAUCGUCCCCCUGCCCCCCGAGGGAGUGCGACUGAUUGCCCGCCGUCCGUCCCCACUCCCCUCGGGCCAUGGCAGAGGCCGGCGCCGGCCUCCGGGCCGGGCCCAGCCCCCGGACCGGGGCGACCCGAUGAGGAGGUCCCCCUUCCCCCCCCCCCCAUCCGCCCAUGGAGGGGUCUCCCCCGGGCCGCCCCCCCGGCAACGACUCUCUGCCCCCGACCCUGUCCCCGGCCGUGCCCCCCUACGUGAAGCUGGGGCUGACGUCCGUCUACACCGCCUUCUACUCCCUGCUCUUCGUCUUCGUCUACGCCCAGCUCUGGCUGGUCCUGCACCACCGGCACAGGCGGCUCAGCUACCAGACGGUCUUCCUGUUCCUCUGCCUGCUCUGGGCCGCCCUCAGGACCGUCCUCUUCUCCUUCUACUUCAGGGACUUCCUCGCCGCCAACAAGCUCGGACCCUUCGGCUUCUGGCUGCUCUACUGCUGCCCCGUCUGCCUGCAGUUCUUCACCCUCACCCUCAUGAACCUCUACUUCAGCCAGGUCAUUUUCAAAGCCAAAUCCAAGUUCUCCCCUGAGCUGCUCAAAUAUCGGCUGGCCCUGUACCUGGCCUCCCUGGUCGUCAGCCUCGUCUUCCUGCUGGUGAACCUGACGUGCGCCGUGCUGGUGAAAACGGGGACCUGGGAGAGGAAGGUGGUCGUCUCGGUGCGGGUGGCCAUCAACGACACCCUCUUCGUGCUCUGCGCCGUCUCCCUCUCCGUCUGCCUCUACAAGAUCUCCAAAAUGUCCUUGGCCAACAUCUACUUGGAAUCCAAGGGCUCCUCCGUGUGUCAGGUGACGGCCAUCGGAGUGACCGUGAUCCUGCUGUACGCGUCCAGGGCCUGCUACAACCUGUUCACGCUGUCCUUCUCUCGGCACGGAAGCUCGUUCGAUUACGACUGGUACAACGUGUCUGACCAGGCCGAUUUGAAGAGCCAGCUGGGGGACGCUGGGUACGUGGUGUUCGGGGUGGUCCUCUUCGUGUGGGAGCUCCUGCCCACCUCCCUCGUCGUUUAUUUCUUCCGGGUGCGAAACCCCACCAAGGACCCGACCAACCCCAGAGGGGUCCCCAGCCACGCGUUCAGCCCCCGCUCCUAUUUCUUUGACAACCCUCGGAGGUAUGACAGCGAUGACGACCUGGCCUGGAACGUCGCCCCUCAGGGAUUCCAGGGAAGCUUCGCUCCAGAUUAUUACGACUGGGGUCAGCCUUCGAGCAGCUUCACCGGGCACAUAGGGUCUUUGCAGCAAGACUCAGACUUGGAUAACGGGAAACCAAGCCACGCGUAGGAGAGGGCGAGGAGGGAGGAUUCUGGAUCCGCGGGCAGCGACAAGACUCCAGCGCCAGGACCGGCCUGUCGUCCCGCCUUCCCGUCGGCCCGGGGAGGGGGGCAUCAAAUGCGAAUUCAGACCGAUGAAGUCUGCAGCCUCGGGUGAGACGAGGCUUGCCCUUCCAAGCGGGCCAAUUUAAACGGUUUCUUUCGCACCUUUACGAACGGGCACACUUCGUAAUAAUGUAAUAAUAGUGCUUAAGGGGGCUAGCGAUACUUUUCCGAGAGUUUGUCGACGCAAUGUAUUUAGUUUGCACAGGAAUUUUUAUGCAUAACUCACUUUAAAACUAUAUGUCGUGUAGUUUAAUAUAAUCACGUAGGGUCCUGGGACAUUCCUCAGCCCCUUAAAAAAAAAAAAUCCUCACCUCCAGUUUAGAGUUCCAGGAUUUCUGCUAAGGAAAUCCCCUCUUUCCAAAUGCUUUUUCCUCUUUCCUGCACAGCGAGACCCUAAAUGUGUGAUUAGCAGGAGGAGGGCCUGAACGACUCGGCGAGGGAGGGUGGUCCGCAGCCAGGACGAAAAGCUCUGGCUUUCUCCAGUGGGAUGACAGCAGAGCAAGGUGGAGAGAAUAAAUGACUAUGGGAGGCGGGAGAGUGGGGCUCCGGCCCAGCUCUGCCACUGCUUGCUGGGUGACCUUUUGUGAGUCAGCCUCUCUGGGCCUCACUUUCCUUUUCUGUAAAGUGGGGGUAAAAUAUAGGUUCUCCCUGACGCCCUAGUGAGGCCCGCGGGAGACAAGGAUUGGGUCCAAUCCGGUUGUCAUAUUUACCUCUGCAUUGGGCACGUAGUUAGCGGCUAAAGAACAUCAUUACCGGGGGAAGCCAUCAGGCACGGGUGCAUUUUGCCCCGGUCAAAGAGAGGCAAACCGGGGCAAAGCCCCAGCCUCCACAAAAGGAAGUUGGGAGGGGCGGCUUUGCUGCUCCUUGAUCAAUCGGUGUCAAACGCACCUGAUUUUAACGAGGGUCCUCACUGAUCUUUGAAGCCCUGGCUUGGGUUGGUGCCCCGGGGCGGGGGUCUCCAUCCUUCAGGACCGGAAAGCCGGAGCCCCGGGGAGCCCAUCCUAGAGCCCGACCCCCGGCUCCGCAAUCCGGAACGGGGAAUCCGAAAGCCUCUCAGGAACUCAGAGAAGCCAGAGAACGGAGCCCAGGAAAGGUGUGACCUAACAUUCCGGGCCCCUGACCGGGGUUCAUCCGUCAGAGCCGGGGGUGAGUGCAACUCCCGGGGCACGGCUUGUCCGGAACGGGAGCAGGAGGUCAAAGCCUCACCCUCCUUCCUGCCCGGGUCUUGGCAUAGGAAAGGGCCCGAAACCAACCCCGGCUCCCAAGCCGUCUGCCCCCUUUUCAGAGAGUUGCCAAGGACCGGACUGGUUGCCCGGCCCGGCUAGAGACCCAUCCCGGCCGUGGCCACGGGCCGCACAGCCCUCUAGCCAGCAAGGCCCCCGGGUUAGCUGAGAGGUGGACAAAGAUAAGCCAGCGCUCAGCUUACAGAGACAAAUCCGAACGCAACGCAACAUUCUGGGACCAAAGGCAAGGUGUCUAAUCUCUGCUCCUUCAGGGGUUCCGAGGAAUGAUAGCCAGGGUGAAGACUCACAUCUCAAAUAACCCCCACUAAAUUCAUUGUUCUUGGGAAACAAAAUAACUAACUUUGGGGCAUUCACUUAAAGAUGAUUUACUUAGAGAAUUUUAUGAUCUUUCAGGGCAUUUGCGCCCUGAAAUAGGAUUGCACUGAAUGUUGCCUUAAACUUGUUUACUCUGAUUUUAAAGAUUAAACCUUAAAAAACAAUA